AUGGCUCCCACUAAUUCGGACCAGGCACUCGUGGCCAGCAACACGGACGCUUCACAAAAGCAGCCAAUGUCGCAUGUACGUAAGGUACAACGCCCUCACCUUUGUACCAACCGCCUUGGGUGCGAUCUCGACCUCGACACCGUGUCUCCCAAGGCUCGCUACGCCGAAUACUGCAACCUGUUCGAAGGCGAAUCGCGAAUUGAGGAUCUUGAAUUUCCGCCUCUGGCCGACCACUUUCCGCACCUCGCACAAGAGAUCACGGCAGCCUACUUGGCGACACACGCCUUCCGCUUCAAGGUCUACAUGAACUAUGACGCCGCUGCUGUGUGGUUCUACGACGAGAGCGCCAGCCAGCGCUAUGGAGACUGUGGCAAACUCGUCAUUACGCCGAAGACUAUGGCCAAGCUGCAUCGCGCAAAUGCGCACAAGAGUGAGUACAGUAAAGUCGUACUCGACAUCAGCACGCACUUCCGCUUGCUCGCCAGAAUCACCAUCGAAGUCCGUGGAAGCAAGGUGAAUGUAGGCCCAGUCGUGGACACGUACGUCAACUACAUGUUCAAGGGAGAUGAAAAGCACAAGGUGAUGAACAAGCACGUCUACAACAUGGCAAAAGGCUUCGAGGAUCCACAAAGCGACGUGACACUAGGCAAGUACGGGCUCGACUUCAAGGAUCUUGAACGCAUGGUGGACUGCUUCGCGCCUUUGCCGACGGACGAGCAACGGCUGGCAAGGUUCGAUCCGUGGUACAAUGGGCACUGGUCGCACGAGAACAAGAACGACGAGGGAUAUCAGGCGCAUCUGUUCAAAGAGAGGUGGCCGUAG